UAUUUUUUCUUCAUUCGGUCAGCGACCGUUCGUGUAGUAACACUUAUCGGGCGAGAGAUUUGUUGAGGAUUGCGCCGCUUUCGAUAAAGUUGCUUCCGUCGCGUUCGAGGGUUGUUAACUCGGGAAUCAUCAAGAAAAGGAGUUUGUGCAAGCAAGAAGUAGGAAACGGGAAAGCUACCCGUUUUGCCGGGAGUUGUUUUAUUUUAUUGGUGAGCCCGCGCGCGUCUGGUGCAUUCUUCUUCGAUCACAAACGGAACAGUCGUGCAUUUCGUGCUGAUUUCACCGUGCUAACGGUUCUCACGAUUCGUGCUAGUUACUCGCGGUGUACUGCGUAAAAGUGUGUCUACUAGGAUCAGGAAAAGCAAAAGCCGAAGCAGCAGGAUACACAAGCAACAGCAACACGUUGAACAAGUGUCAAAAUUAGUCAACUGUCGCAUGCCAGCAAGGAUUUUGGCUGUAAUCUACUCUACUCUCGCCUCGGAGGAAUAAUUAAAGUGAGUGUUCUUGCGUCCGCCAGUGACAUAACCGUGUAGUAUUGUGGGGUUGUAGUAGGCGGCACCCGUGCAAUGCUAACGUGAUUGUCAAUUGAAAAUAUCACUAUUCAAACACAGCCUGGAUUAAAAGUAUUGAUGCGUGCAUAUUCUCGGCUGGCCCGUAUGGAAAAGUGACAGUUUUUUUUAUGGUGUCUGUUGGUAGGAUUUGAUUAAGAAUUCAAGAAAGAGUGAGAACAAUCGUGCCGAACCGCUCUUCCCUAUACAUCCGCGUGUUCGAUCGUUCUUCUGCUUGUACGGACGACUGUAAACAGUGUGGUGCAAUCAAAGAUAAAUCGUUGAAUAACAAAUGAGGGAGAAAAUAUAUAAUGAUUGAUGGAACGAGAUUAAAGAGAAUCAUUUUGUGUAACAGUAGUGCAUUGCUGCAGUGAGUGAGUGAGCGGUAGAGAAGCUCGGAAUCGGAAACUCGUACCUACAAAGUAUUUUGAAAAAGUAAACUGCACAUUCCACAAUCGCGGAACAUUCGGUGCCCUGUGUUAUCUCCUUUCGACCCGGAAAAAUUUCCCCCAAAUUGCAGUGCUAGUUAGUUGCUGGGAUUAAUUCCACGCAAGGUAAAAACAGUGGCAAAAAACCAUUCACAAUAACAUUGAAACGUUGAAGAGAGUGAUUCAACUACAAAAAAAAAACGAGUACAAAAAUAACUCAAGAAACCCAAAUUAACCUACUAGAAUAGUAAUCAGGUGUGAGUUGCCUUUUCCCCAUCCCACCCCCACAUACCGUAAGAGUGUGUAACAAGAAGAAAAAAAAGCUCAGACAAAAACACGUGCAAUCACAGCAAGCGUCGAGGCGCCCUGCUAUAAUAGUGUGUCUCGGCCCCAAAAUAAGACGUGUGAAAAGUGUGAGCGCAACACAGUAGUGAAGAAGCAAGAAGAGCAAAAAAAGUAAGCUUAAAGCAAAAGGAAGGUAAUUCCCCGAGAAGAAAAUCGAGGAAACAAUACAACAGCUACGGAAAAUCUCUUCCUGGUGGUUUUGUGCAGAAGCAGAAGAAAAGGAAAAACCUUCCGUCCGCAAGUGAGAAAAGCGAUUCAUCUGCACGCCAUUGAAAGCAGCAAUUCCGAGUUGCUACCUACCCGACUGACUCGAGUCUGUCCGGCGCUUUUUUCUCCCUUCGUUGGUCCGUUGUUUUUCCAUCUCCCCGAAAGCGGCACGAAGAAUAGUGGAGUGUGUUUGUGUGCCAAUUGGUGACUUCAACGCCAGUGUUGAAAGUUAAUCGUGCAUAAAAAGAAAAUAAGUAAUUAUCCUUUUAAAUAAGAAAAUUGAACCGGGCGAGAAGAAAGAGGUACACAAGAUACGGGAUAGAAAAACCGGGCUAUAACAGUGGUACAGGAGAAUUCGACGUCAACAUGUUCGAUCAAUACAUUUACAAGCGCAACGAGUCUAAUCUAGACGUAUCGCUGUCAGUACCACACUACAACGGUCAACAUGGUCAUCACUACCAGAACAUGAACACAUUUCACACGCCUUCGUUCGGUGACGAGGAAUUUGACAUUCCUACAAUGAACGCUCAUCUUCAACAACAACAACAACAACAGCAGCAGCAGCAACAGCAACAGCAUCAACUGGAUCAACAGCAGCAGCAGCAGCAAUAUCAAAUGCACAACAACGGCCAACACCCACCGCCCCACAUGGGAAUGCUAAAUGACCAACAGCAACCGCAACAACAGCAGCAACAACAGCAGCAGCAGCAGUACAAUCAAUGGCAUCAGGAUUCACAUUUAAAUCACCACAGUAGUCCAUACCCGAUGCAAUCGCCAAAUCAGCCCACAUAUCAUCAGCUGAGCAGUCCUAGUCCAAACAAUCCAAACGCAACGCUGCACGUGAUGCAGCCACCCCAGCAAUCGUCCCCCCAGCAGCAGCAACAGCAGCAGCAGCAGAUGCACCCACGGAUGUCACCGCAGCUGGGAUCCGGUGCGCCGCCUCACUCAACGGCCGGUCCACCGGGAGGAGGAGGGGGCGGAGGUGGGGGCGGAUACAUAGGCCGGUCGCCACCGCAAAUCAACGCCGGCCAUCACCACAUAGGCAGCAAUGGCGUAGAACCGGGAACCACCAGUGAGGACAGCGACGAUGCCAUUCCCGCCAACACGUUAAAGCGGCCGUCGCCGGAACCGCUGUACGAUAACGAUUCCAACAGUUCCAAAGCGUCCGCGGCGUCGUUAGCGAAAAAACCAAAGGUAGCCAAAAAGAAGAAGAAGCGGGACCCCAACGAGCCACAAAAACCGGUGUCGGCGUACGCCCUGUUCUUCCGUGACACUCAAGCUGCCAUCAAAGGUCAGAACCCGAACGCGUCCUUCGGCGAGGUGUCGAAGAUAGUCGCCUCGAUGUGGGACGUCCUGGCGACGGAGCACAAAAAUGUGUACAAGAAGAAAACCGAGGCUGCCAAAAAGGAGUAUCUUAAGGCGUUGGCGGCGUAUCGAGCGAGCUUAGUAUCGAAGGGUACCGAAGGUGACCAGCAGCAACCACCACAGCAGCAGCAGCAGCAGUCCCACCAGCAGCAGAUGUACUCACCGCCCCCGCCUCCCCACCAACAGCAACAGCAGCAGCAGCAUUCCGGCCAACAGCAAAAUAAUCACCUGGUGAAUCACUCCCAGCAGUCACCUCAGCAUGGCCAACCGGUGCCCCAAGUGAGUCCCCACAUGCCGAUGCCCGGCCAGGGAGUGGGUCAGAUGCCACCGCAAUCCGGCUAUCCACCACCUUAUGCAUCGCCCUACAAAUCUCCACAGCAGACAAUGAUGCAAAUGCAGCCACAUCUCCAGCAGCAACAGCAACACCACAAUCAACCACCGAUGCACCCCGGCCAAAACCAUCACAUGCAGAUGAACUCGAUGGCUCACCAGCAGCAACAGCAAAUGAUGGUCCAUGCACAGCAGCAGCACCAACAACAGCAAACUCCGCCGCCGCAGAUGAACCACCUCAAUAGUAUGAUGAAUAUGGGAAUGGCAGGACCCCAGUCGCACUACAUGAAUCAGCAGAUGUCGCACAGUCAAGGGCAGCAGCAGCAGCAACAACAGUCACAACAACAUCCGCCUGGCCAGCAGCAACAUCCGAUGCAACAGCAGUCGCAGCAAAUGGGCACCUCGGGUCAGCCGGCAGCCCAUGGUCACAACAUGAGCCCGCACCAAAUGGCCCCGCCAAUGUCCGGCAGUCCACCGCAGCAGGCGAGUGCCGCGCCCCAGCAGUGUAUCCGACAGGGCUGUCCGAACCAGGCGAUCGUCAAUUCCGACUGGGAGGAUGAGUACUGCAGUAACGAGUGCGUCAUCACACACUGCCGUGAUGUUUUCGGCAACUGGGUGCAAUCCAACAAUCCGCAGCAGCAAUCCUAUUCUGCUGUGAAGUAAGAAGUGAAACUGUUCCGCGGAUUAAAUUCCCUCUUCCCACUCCUGGCGCGAGAUAGUUUACUGAAAAUAAAUAUUACUAUUAAUUACUAAAACCUCCCGGUCUGGGACGGGACAAAAUGAAGGAAGAAAUUCGCGCAAGGCUAAAACCAACAAAAAAAAAAAGCGCACGAGCUCGCCCGAAGUACGGGAGAACAGCGCUCCAUUUUUUUUUUUUUGAAAAAAAAAAACGUAAUUAUAAAUAUCUAUAAAUAUAAUCGAUUCGUAAUUUACUGUUAUUACUGCAAAAGAAACAACUAAGAAAAAAUCCACAUACACAAACACACUUUUUACUAUGAUACUUUUAACAUGUAAGCAAGAAAAAACAAGAAAGAAAAAGAACAUUGUAGUUGAUAAGUCAGCAAUGUAAACGAAAAAAGAAAGGAAGGAAAACAAAAAUAUAUUGAUGAAUAGAAUUCAAGGGCAAACAGAAGAUUACUAACAAAAAAAAUCAUGUAAAAGUGUUUCAAAGAAUGGGUAUGCAAGAACACGUUACGGUUACAAGUGAAAAGACAGCCAAAAGUUGCAAUUAUGUUAUAAGUGGCGUGCACUAACCCAAUAGAGUAAAAAGCAAUGUUCGAUCGAGGUCAACCGUUUCCUUCCACACUUUCAACUCGGAUUGUUUUAAUUGAAUUGUAUUAUUUGAUGAUAUGCAUUGUUGUUGUACAUACAUUUUCGAAUUAGUUUUCACCUUCCAAGCGAACUAACAGGAAGCAGAAAGUGUAAUCGCACGCGUUCGCAAUCCACAUUAUCUAAGGUAAACAAAUGGCCUGUCCUCUGUCUGAGCCAGGAAUAUAAUAAUCUAGGAAGAAGAGAACCUACACCGCGAGGCUGUAUAAUUGUUAUUCCUCUUUUCUUAAUUUAUCUCGAUAAUAAUGUUGUUUUUCUUUUUCGAAUUAGUUUGUAACGAGCAACGGUCACACUUACACGCGCGUAGGCAAAUAACUAAAGAAAAUAAGUAGUUGUCGUUAUUAACCCAUACAAAACAAGUAAAAAAUUACUUCUUAGCAUAGAAAGACACCAACCUCACCUUCCUCCCCCCACAAACUAAAGGCUCAUAUUUGAGUAGAAUACAAAAAAAAGGAAAUCGUCUAGGACAAUUUAAACACACAAAAAAAACAAACGUAAGGUUAUGAAACCUUGGACCGCAUUUUCAUAAAAUUAUCCACAUUAAACAAAGUAAAACACGAUCUUCGGUGCAAUCAUCUGUUUUCUCAAUAAAAACAAAAAAAAAUUAACCUAUUGAACUAAGAAGAAAGUGUUUUAAUCUUCGCCAAAUCACAUCAGUUUGUGGAGUGUCAUCACCCUCCGAAUACAUCCACUCAUCCCUACGAGUCCCUUCCCUCCCAUGCAGAGGUGGAGUGUGUGUGCUCUAGUUGAACUAAAAUCUCGUUGUCAUAAUUCUCCGACCCGUGUUGUUGUUGACGGGCGUUUUGUAGUUUAUGGCUAGAACAAUAAGCAUUGUGCGAAACUCGAGUCAGCAACACACCGGAAAGAAUAAAUAAAAACCUACAGACAGACAGACACACAAGCAUACUAAUAAAAACAAAAAUACUAUUUUGUAGAAAGUUA